AUGAAGUUCGUGCCGGCAGGCGUCGUGCCCUUCGUGGCCCUGCUCCUGCUGCAGCGGCGGCCCGUGGCCGGCCGGGCGCUGCUGGUGAGCGGCUCCGGCUGCCCCAGCCACGGCCUGUGCCGCUCCAACGUGCAGGAGCAGACCCGCAGGCAGGUGGCCGUGCUCAACGCCACCGCCCAGGAGCUCUUCAGCCUCUAUCUGAAGUGCCAGGGAGAGCCGUUCAGCAGCGAGAGCGACAAGCUCUGCAACCCCGCUGGAAUCUUCUUCCCUGCCUUCCGCGUGAACCGGACGAGCGAGAGGAAGGAGGUGAUGGUGGCCAUGUACAAGCUCUUCGCCUUCCUCAACGCCUCGCUGGGCAACAUCACCCGCGACCAGGAGGAGCUGAACCCCAUGGCCAAAGAGCUCCUCGAGCGGCUCCACAACACCACCAAGACCACCCGAGGCCUCAUCUCCAACCUCACCUGCCUCCUCUGCAAGAACUACAACAUCUUCCAGGUGGACGUCAGGUACGGGGACAGCUCCAAGGGCAAGAGCGCCUUCAAGAAGAAGCAGCAGGGCUGCCAGGUGCUCAGGAAGUACGUGCAGGUCAUCGGCCAGGCAGCACGUGUCCUCCUACCUCAUCUCAGCCCCUCAUGAGCGCCCGCCCCGGCCACGCUGCCUCUCUGCUGCUGGGCGGCCCCCGCCGCUGCCUCCCGCAUUCCCGCCUUCCUAUUUAUUACCCGGACCCUGCGCCGGCCCCAUCCGCCCUCCGGUAAUUUAUUACCCCUUGAGGGGGUGAACGUGGCAGCCCGGAGUGUCCCGGGGUGUCCUGCACCCUGCAGGCCGAGGCAGCGCGGCUCCGAGGAGCACGGGCUGGUCCCGGGAUGCGCCUCAGCCACCCCCGGGCCCCGCGGGCUGUGGGGGUGGCGGCAGGGCCGGACUCUGUCCCCACGGACAGUGUCAUCAGGGAGAGCACCCGGACAGAUGCCCUUGAGCACCGUCUGACAGCUGUCACUUCCCUGGAGAAAGGAUUGUGAGGAAGGACACUGGCAUGCAGGGACGUGUGGACACGCUCCCCCUGCACAUUUUAGGGCUGGCUUCCCCUUCAAGGAGCCAAACUGAGGGUACUGGUGGCUGUGCUGCCUAGGGCUGGGUCCCACUGUUUGGGACAAGGCCACCUGUGUGGGACUGUCACCGCACUGUGGAGCAUCAUCCCCCCGCGCGGGCACGGCGGGGCACGGAGCGUCUUCUCAUUCAGAAAAGAGCUUUUCCCUUCGGAAGAGCUUGAGUCAAAUAAGGGCCAGGAGCUGGGCUUGCACAGCUGAAU